AUGAAUAAAUCAAGUCGACAAGACAAAAUUGAUGAAUUCAAAAGAGAACAUUCGUGUUAUAUUGAUGUUAUUGAGCAAAUAUUCUCAUUACAAACAUCAGAAACAAAAGAACUGGAAAAUAUUUUGAUAGCAAUUCGUUCAGUUUUAAUUGAAAAGUAUCAUGAAACACCAGAUACCGUUGCAUAUAUAAUAAUUAAAGCAAUUAAUACGUCUAGAAAACAUUAUGACCAAUAUUUGGAAAUUUUAAAGCAUUUAUUCAAGGAAUAUCAUUCAUUCUUUGACAAUAUGUUUCAUCAUAAGAAUGUGUACCUUCGUGAGGAACUAGCUUUAAUGGAAUUCUUUGAAAAUAAACAAAAUUUUCAAGUUGAAAUUCAAGAAACCAUUAUCAGUAAUGAUAAUAUUGAUUCUUUGAAAGAAUUUACAAUUGCACAUCAGUUACCUAAGAUUAAUUGUUUCAAUGUGAUGAAUAUUGAUGUAAAUUAUCUUGAUUUGUGCGCAUACUACGGUUCCGUAAAUUGUUUUAUGUUUCUAAAGGAUAAUUUUGGGUUUGGAAUUACAAAUAAAACACUUCAAUUAUCUUUCAUCGGGAAAAACAUAGAUAUUAUCAAUACUUGUAUAAACAGCUACCAUAAAGAUGAGUUGAAUAAUGUGAUGAAUUUUAUUGUUGCUUCUCAUAAUUUUGAUUUCAUUAAAAAAGCAAUCGAAAUUUACAACUUGAAAAUACCAAUUUCUGCAUCAUAUGAGUAUUUCAACUACAGAAGUUUACUAUAUUUACUAGAAAUGAAUGAUGAAAACCAAUGUGACAUGAUAUUUUCAACAAUUAAAAACAAAAACAACUUAUUUCUAAAGCUUCUGAUGGAAAUAGGUUAUGAUCCUAAUCUAACGAUGAUAAACUAUGGCCAUUCACUUUUAUAUUACGCGGUUUUAUCAAAAAAUAUAGAAUCAGUAAAAAUUCUUUUUGAUUAUGGAGCAAUUUAUCCGCAAAAUGAAGAACUAAUAUUUGAUACUGUUAAUAAAGAUAUGAUUGAAAUCACAGAACUGCUCUUGAAGAAUGGUGCUGAUCCGAAUAGUUUGAACGUAAUGCAGGAAACACCUCUUUUGGAUUACACAAAAAGUAAUCAUGAAAAUACAAAAAUGAUCGAAUUGUUAUUGAAAUAUAAUGUUGAUAUAAAUGCAAAAUCAUUGAAUGGGAAAACAGCCUUACAUAAUGCAGCAUAUAAUUGUAAUAAAGAUAUCUGCAAACUACUUGCUGAAAAGUGUAUGAACUUGAAUUGUCAAGAUAUUAUUCUUGGAAACACUCCACUUCAUUAUGCAGCGAUUUCUCAAUUUCCUGAAAACAUUGAAGUUCUUGUCACUCAUGGAGCAAAUCUAAAUAUACAAAAUAGAGAAGGAUUGAAGCCAAUAGAGUUAGCAAUCAGAGCUAAUAAUAAAGAAGCUGCAAAAAUUCUAAUUAGAAAUGGAGCUUAA